GGUUCUGGUCAUAAAUUAACGAACCCUUAUAAUUUCGCAAGAAAUGUUCCGUCCUUAAAUCUUUUCUCGAGCUCGACGUCUUCUUCUACCGCUUCCGAGGAGGAGGAGGAGGAGGAGGAGGAGGGGAAGAGGCCGAGGAAGAGGAGGAGAUACUGGAAGGGAUUACUCAAGAGGUUGACGAAUGAUUUGAUGGAGAAGCAAGAGGAAAUGCAGAAGAGGUUCUUGGAGACAUUGGAGAAGCGCGAGAAGGAGAGAAUCGAGAGAGAGCAAGCAUGGAGGGUCCAAGAAACGGCGAGAAUCAACAGAGAAUACGAAAUAAUUGCCCACGAGAGAUCUGCUUCCGCAGCUAAAGAUACAGCCAUAAUUUCCUUCUUACAAAAAGUGUCCGGACAGCAACAACAACAGCAGCAGCUACAGAAGCAGAACCAUACGCAACAACAAACUCGGGAAGACCAUUCAAUAGCAUUUCUAAAUGACCAAAAACAUGAAACAAGGAUAGUGGAAGCAGCAAGCAAGACGAGCAAUAGCGAUUCAAGCUAUAUGUUAUCUCUGAGUUCUUCGAGAUGGCCAAGAGAUGAGGUUGAAGCCUUGAUAAGGCUAAGGACGAACGUCGAGGCCAACUAUCAAGAAAAUGGAACGAAGGGUUCACUGUGGGAAGAAAUCUCGACCGGAAUGCAAAGCCUCGGAUACAGUCGAAGCGCCAAAAGAUGCAAAGAGAAGUGGGAGAACAUCAACAAGUACUUCAAGAAAGUGAAAGAGAGCAACAAGAAACGACCUGUGGAUUCCAAGACUUGCCCAUAUUUUCACCAACUCGAAGCCAUACACAAAGAGAAGAACACAAAUCCGACAUUGCCUCUAAUGGCGGCUCCACAGCAACUGUUACUUUUACCGCAAGAAACCAUUGACGAGCCAGACAAGCACAAGAUGGGAGACGAAGAAGGAGAUAAGGAAGAAGAUGAAGAAGAAGGAGACAAUGAGACAGGUGGGUUCGAGACGGUGUUGAACAAAACAUGUUCGCCGGUGGACAUUAACAAUAAUGUUUUCGCAUAAGAGAUUAUAAUACUUUUCCUUUGUUUUUUUUUUUUCGCUUUUCGCUGUAAAAUUACACAAUUGGAUGAAAGAACAAAAUGUAACUUGCAUUAGUUAGUAUCUUUUUCUUUGUUA